GCGGCCGCUCUCGAGGACCCCUUCGGAGGUGUCCGUCCUCUGAGGGGCCAGGAGGGCCAGCCGGGAGGGUUUCAUUCCGGUUUUUACCUCUUGGCCGCCAGUCCUCGGGACUGAGGGUGCUUUUCACUCCCAGCUGGGCGGAGAGAAGAAAGCGGAGAGGAUGGUCCACGUCUGCUGGUCUCGGCGCUGAGGAAAGCGGUGCUCCAUCUCCGAGCCCCGGCUCGAUCUCCGCCAACUAGUUGUGCAGCCACCCAGGCUGAACUUUGGAGGAAUCGUCCCUUUUCUUUCCUUUCAAAAUUCUUGGAAGUGGUAGAGUGGGAGGCGAAGCCGAGGCAGCUGAUCCCUCCACGAUGCUGGUGAAGAAGCAUGCAGGGAAAGGUCGGGAACCAGGCUCUGAGGACCAGAGCCCCGCCGGGAAGCGUUGUGUCUGGACCGUGCCCCCGUGCACCGCCCUGGCGGCCCUUCUGUCAGUGGUGGCUGUGAUGUCUUGUCUGUACCUGGGGGUGAAAACCAACGACCUCCAGGCGAGGAUCGCUGCUCUGGAAUCCGCAAAAGGGGACCCUUUCAUCCAUCUGCUUCCCGAUGGCCUGGAUCAGCUCAAAGCAAUGGUGCAAGAGAAAGUGGAGCGACUUCUGGCUCAGAAAUCCUAUGAACAUAUGGCUAAAAUAAGAAUUGCGAGAGAAGCACCUUCAGAGUGCAACUGCCCAGCAGGCCCUCCAGGGAAACGAGGUAAGAGAGGCCGAAGGGGAGAAUCUGGUCCUCCCGGUCAACCUGGUCCUCACGGCCCUCCUGGUCCAAAAGGUGAUAAGGGAGAACAAGGUGAUCAGGGACCUCGGGGUCUACCAGGCUUCCCCACAGUUGCUGCUCUGCACAGUAAUCAGAUCCUCACCGUCAAGGGUGACCAAGGACAGGCUGGGCCUCCAGGCCCCCCAGGCCCCCCUGGCCCGAGAGGGCCUCCAGGGGACACAGGGAAAGAUGGCCCCCGUGGAAUGCCAGGAGUGCCCGGUGAACCAGGGAAACCAGGAGAACAAGGCUUGAUGGGUCCUCUGGGGCCUCCAGGACAAAAGGGUUCUGUUGGAGUACCUGGAAUUCCAGGGGUGAAUGGUCAAAAGGGUGAGCCCGGGUUGCCUGGAACAGUAGGACAAAAUGGAAUACCAGGGCCAAAGGGAGAACCUGGAGAUCAAGGCGAAAAGGGAGAAGCUGGAGAGAAUGGCCCCAAAGGUGACACAGGCGAAAAGGGUGACCCUGGGUCAUCUGCUGCAGGAAUUAAGGGGGAACCUGGAGAAUCUGGUCGUCCAGGGCAAAAGGGUGAACCAGGGCUUCCUGGGCUUCCUGGACUUCCGGGGAUAAAGGGAGAACCAGGUUUCAUUGGUCCUCAAGGAGAACCAGGCUUACCAGGGUUACCAGGAACAAAGGGUGAACGUGGGGAGGCAGGGCCUCCUGGAAGAGGUGAGCGAGGGGAGCCUGGAGCCCCUGGACCAAAGGGUGAUCGUGGAGAGAAAGGGGACUCUGGAGCCCUGGGACCAAGGGGUCCACCUGGUCAAAAGGGAGAUCAGGGAGCCACCGAGAUCAUAGACUACAAUGGCAACCUCCAUGAAGCCUUGCAGGGUCCCCCUGGACCACCUGGACCUCAAGGACUACAAGGGCCAAAGGGAGAACCAGGAUCUCCAGGAAUCCCAGGAGUUGAUGGAGAGCAGGGACUUAAAGGCUCAAAGGGAGACAUGGGGGACCCAGGUAUGCCAGGUGAAAAAGGAGGAAUUGGACUUCCUGGAUUACCGGGUGCCAAUGGAAUGAAAGGAGAAAAAGGAGACUCCGGAUUGCCAGGUCCUCAGGGUCCUUCCAUAAUAGGCCCACCAGGCCCACCAGGCCCCCAUGGCCCACCAGGCCCUAUGGGACCCCAUGGACUUCCUGGACCAAAGGGUGAACCAGGGUUAAAUGGUGUUAAAGGAUUGAAGGGUGAACCAGGUCAAAAGGGUGACAGAGGACCCCUUGGUCUUCCAGGAGCAUCUGGCUUAGACGGAAAGCCAGGAUCCCGGGGUACAGAUGGCCCUAUGGGACCCCAUGGCCCCGCAGGUCCCAAAGGAGAAAGAGGUGAAAAAGGAGCUAUGGGAGAACCCGGACCCAGAGGACCCUAUGGUCUGCCUGGCUUCCCUGGUCCACGAGGCGAGAAGGGUGAUGUAGGAGAAAAGGGAGAAAAGGUGACCUCUCCAUUCUAGCAUGUGCCUGUUUGAUUUUUCUCACGCUGUGUGCUUUGCUGUUCAAUCUAUGCGAUUCUUUCAUAUAUCUAAUUUUUCUCCAUCCUGUGCUCCAAAAACACACCAAUGCCUGAUCUAAAAAAACCAGGUCUUCACAGAGGAAUGAAGAAGGCUACAGUGCUAGAAAUAAGGGCACAGUCUAGCAUAGAAGAAAAAAAUUGGCA